AUGCCCGCGGCCUGGGCCUCCCCGGGCGCCCCCGCAGCCGCGCCCUGGGCCAACCAAAGCUGGGCGCGCGACUUCGUCCUGCUGGGCUUCGCGCACGUGCCCGCGCUGAGGCCGCUGCUCGCCGCGCUCUUCCUGGCCGCCUUCCUGCUGGCGCUGCUGGGCAACGCGCUCAUCGCGCUGCUCCCCGGCCUGGCCCGGGCCCUGCGCGCGCCCAUGUACCUCUUCCUGCGCCAGCUGGCCCUCGUGGAGAUCUGCUUCUCGCUGGACGUCGCGCCGCGGCUGCUGGUGACGCUGCUGCGGCCCGGCCGGGGAGUGUCGCCCGCGGGCUGCGCGCUGCAGCUGCUGCUGGUGCUGUCCUGCGUCACGUCCGAGUGCUUCCUCCUGACCGUCAUGGCCUGGGACCGCUACGUGGCCAUCUGCAGGCCCCUGCGCUACGCCGCCGUCGUGAGCCCGCGGCUGUGUCACCUGCUGGCCGCCGCCUGCUGGCUGGCCGGCGUCCCCGUGGCGCUGGUCUUCACCAUCUGGCUGUUCCGCUUCCCCUUCUGCGGGCCACGUGACAUCCGCCACUUCUUCUGUGACAUCGCCCCUCUGCUGAUGCUGGUGUGUGCGGACACCCGGGUCUUUGAGGCCAGUGUGUUGGCGGCCACAGUGCUUGUCAUCAUGGUUCCCUUCUGUCUGAUCGCUGCGUCCUACACCAAGAUUCUGACCACCGUCCUACGGAUGCCGUCGGCCACCGGGCGCCACAAGGCCCUGUCCACCUGUGCCUCCCACCUCAUCGUGGUGGUUCUGUUUUAUGGCACGACGGGGGUCAUCCACUUGCGCCCCAAGGCCAGCUAUUCCCCGGAGAGCAAGCAGGUGGUGUCCCUGUCCUACACCCUGGUCACCCCCAUGCUCAAUCCCCUCAUAUACAGCCUUCGGAACAAGGAGGUGAAGGCAGCUCUGGGGCCCCUGUGCUGCGGUGCCCGUGAGUGA